UCUCUUUCUCUCUUUCUCUCUCCCAUACAAACCAAUAUCUAUCUAUCUUUCUUACUGUCUUACUCCCGCGCUCUCACUCUACUCUCUGUAGUACUAGUGAGUUUACCACUCCAUAACCUUUCUUUACUGUUUGUUGGGCAAAUAAUAGUGUCUACGUUUCUGUAAUGUAAUAUUGAGAUUAACUAAUAAUUCUUUAUAGAGAUAAAUUAAGUUAAGAGAUUUUUGUUAAUCAGGUACAAUUUUAAUCCAAUCGUUUAAAUUUCAAAUUGAAAGUACGAUUCGCGUGUGCAUAAUCACGCAUACAUAUAAUUAUUUAUAUGUACAUAUGUAUUUUGAUUUUUGAUAAAUUGUAAAUUUCUUAUUGCCUUAUAAUGAAACUGUAAAUUGAUUAUUUUUAUUGGUACAUUAUUGUUAUGUUUAUAACAUAUAAUUGGUGGAGUGGAAUUUUAUAUAAUUCUAAAGCAAUACGGAUAAGUUAGUAUAGUAACACAUUUUAAAGAGUGCCUCAAAUUAGUGUCUUUUUUUUAUUAUAAUUUGGGUAUAUGUUUUCUUGAAGUUCUCAAGUUAUUGGUUAUUACUAUGAUGGAAGCCAGAAAUAACGAACAAAUACAUUUACCAGAAGUAACUGUGAAAACGGAACCAUUAGAUCAAAAUAAUGCUAAGUUAGAUAUACAACAGUCCCAGACUGUUUGUACAGAAAAAGAAUGUGAACAGCGUAUUGAAUGUACCACAGAAUCUCAAGAGACAGAAACCCGAGCAUUUUUAUCAAAAUGUGUAUUUUGUGGGAAAACAUUUACCAUUGGUGAUGAUCCUAAACUUUUGGAGUGUUUACAUGCAGCUUGUACUACAUGUGUCAAUAAUAAAAUUACAGAUCACAAUACAUCUGUCGAUGUUGAUAUUUUAUUGGAGAGCAAUGUUAUUGCUUGCCAAGUCUGCAAUGUUACCAGUCAAAUAGAACAUUUAAUCGAGAACAGAUUUAUUUUAAAAAUUAUCGAAGAAGAUGUUAAUAUGGGAACAGAUGACGAAUCUGUAGAAAUAGAAGAAGAAAAAAAAUGUACUAGCUGUCAUGAUAAUGCUAUUGCUACUAGUUGGUGUGUCGAAUGUGAGGAGUUUAUUUGUCAGAGUUGUGUCAUGGCUCAUCAAAGAUUAAAAAUAACAAAAGAUCAUACAAUCAAACCAAAGGAAGAAGUUGCAAAUGACAGAGAUAAUAUUAAAAAGGGUAUUAAAAAAAUACCUAAUUAUUUAUUUUGUACUAUUCAUCCUCAUGAACAAUUAUCCUUAUUUUGUCAGACCUGCGAUAGAUUAACUUGCAGGGAUUGUCAAUUAAGUGAUCAUCGUGAUCACAAGUAUAAAUUCAUUCAUGAAAUUGCUGCAGAAACAAAAUCUUCUGUGUCAACCCUUUUAAAGGAAGUUAGUUAUAAACGAGUUUUAUUAAGAAGUGCUAUGAAAGUUAUAGAAGAUAGACAAAUCUUAAUUUUGGAAAAAAAGAAGAAUUUAGUUCAAGAUAUAACUCAGAUGGUAGUACAAUUAACAAAUGCCAUUAAUACACGGGGUAAACAAUUAGUCAUGCGUUUAAAUGAAGUCUGCGAUCAGAAACAAAACACAUUAAAUGAAAAGAAGGUGGCUUUGGAUCAAUUGUCUAAACUAACAGAUCAUUGUAUACAGUUUGUGAGUCAUGCCUUGAAUAAGGGCUCAGAUAUGGAACUUUUGUAUAGUAAAAAAUCUGUUACAAGUCAUUUACAACGUAUAAAAAGUCGACGUGCUGAUAUCCCUAAUCCAGAAAUACCAGUUAGAAUACAUCUGUCGUUUGAAAAAGUACCAGAUUUAAUAAAAGUUGUUUCAUCUAUUGGUGCAAUAGUUGUAGAUGGAAGAGUAUAUCCUUCAAUAUCUCCAUCUGCUAGUACAAGUACACCGUCUGCAUCAUUUCACGAACAGCAGUCUGAACAAAAACAAACAAAUACUUCUAUAAAUACACCUAUGGAAAAUCCAGUUAUUACUGCCCCUCUUCCUAUUGUAACACAGCAGUCCAACAGUAUACAACAAAAUUCUUAUCAACAAGUUCCUCUUCAUCUAACAACUCAACAACAACAAGCACCAUCUCAAAAUUACAUACAACAUUUUUCUGCGCACAAUAUGCCUCCACGUUCAUCUCCACAAGUACAACAUCCUUAUAAUAACAGAUUGCAACAACCACUCAUGAUGCCACAACGUCCACUAAGUGGUUGUCAUCAACAAGUUACAUCAUCCACACAUCCACAUCAACAAGUGCAUAUAGAACAACUUGGUCAAAAUACAAGUCUACGUGGUCUUUUAGCACACAAUCCUCCUCCAUUUCGACCUUCUAUUAAUAAUGUACCAUAUCGUUUAUUACCAUAUCGAUAUCCUGCUGGAAAUUCUCAGAGGCCUGUUCCUCCACAUACAUACCAACCAACAAAUACACCUGUAGUGUCAGGUUUACGAUUACAACAAUGUAAUCCCACUUCUGUAUCAACUCAACACAUAAAUUAUAACACAAUGCAACAACCCGCAGCACGGUGGCAUAUUCCUCAAAACGUUAAUGUAUGUCUUCCAUUUUAUGGCUCUCGACAUCAAUCUGCACCACUUAUGACAGUUCCUGUUAAUGACACAUACAAGAUAACAUUAAAAAAUCAACAACCAAAUAAUCAAAAGUACAGCAAUACCAAUGUGACUAUUAACUCAGAUAUGCCACCACAAUCUCAAAAUACAGUAUCUGUAGGACAUGCAGUAAGUUCGUCAGUACCUAAAACACCCAGUCCUGUGCCACCUGGCAAAACAGAUGAAACAGAGAAAAGUUUAGAUAAAUUUUGUCAAAAAUCGUUAAAUGAUUUAAUGCUCACCAUUGCGAAGUUAGAUAGCAAUGGUAUUGUGGUAAUACCAGAAGCUCAAAAAAAUCAAAUGGACUCUGCUCAAGUGGACAGUUCCACUGAUGAAGGAAUGAAUGCAAUGGUAGAAAAUUCUUCAGAUAAUCCAAAAAAUACUACAGCAUCCAUGACAAAGGACGAUCCGAAUGAAGACUGGUGUGCUGUGUGUAUGGAUGGCGGAGAUGCAGUAUUGUGUUGCGAUAAAUGUCCAAAAGUCUUCCAUCUCUAUUGUCAUAUCCCCAGUUUGAAAUCAUUUCCAGAUGAAAGCGAAACUUGGCAAUGUAUGCUAUGUACAAAUGUACUUGAUUGCUCAGAUGAUCCACCUGGAGAGAAAAAGCCGAAUACUAUGAGUGCCAAGGAGCUAAGAAUAGCCCAAAGAGUCGUUUUAGAACUGUAUUGUCAAUAUGAGCAAAGUUUACCCUUUCGGGAAAUCGUAUCUCCAGAAAUAGUUGAUUACCAUCGCAUCAUCAAGAAGCCUAUUGCAUUGGAUGUAAUCAAAGAUAAAUUAAAAACUGAUCAUCCAAAUCAUUAUACAGAUUUAAGACAAGUCAUGACAGAUAUUAGAUUGAUGUUUAAAAACGCUUUUAUUUAUAAUCCUGUUGAAUCACAAGUAUAUCAAGAAGCACGUAAUUUAGAAGAGUUCUUUGAAAAACUAUUAUUAAAAUGGGCUCCAAAUUAUGCAUAUGAUGAUCCUUUUCUCUCUGCUAAUAAAGAAGAAGAUGAGGACGUCUUCCCUCCAAAUAGAAAGUAUCGACGUAUAAUCAGUGAUUAAUACUUAAUAAAAGUAACAGUAAAAAUUAACAGUUAGAAGUAUUAUCAUAAAAUAAAAGAAUACUUUGCAUGAAUAUUUCUGCUAAGUAAAAUGAAACUGAAAUUAUAAAAAAAGGCACUGUCAAAGAUAUUUUGAUACUUACAGGAAUUGUUGCUUCUUAACGUAAUGACUUCUUUUUUAAGAGCAAUUUUUGCUAAAAUCCUUUUAAAGAUUUACAAAUAUUUUUUUCUUAUAGUAAUUAUUUUAAAUAGAUAACAAUAUUUGCAUCUAUAUUGGGGAAAUAAAAAAUAUUUAUUAGUUAUUAUCAGUAGAUGUUCUAUCAAAUUCGUUUUGGACUUUUACUUUCAUUUUAUAUUUCUCGUUUUAGAUAAAAUUCAUGCAUGUGUAAUACAUAUGUGUAUACAUAGCGAAAAUCAUUACAUCAAGGUUUAAACAGAUUUAUGUUUGUAUAAAUUACGUAAUCAAUCAUACAUUUCUUGCAUUUAAAAUGAAUGAUUAAACAUAUUUUUACAUUUAAUUUUCGUAAUUUGAAGCAACUGCACUUUGACAUUAUGUAUAUGUUACAAAAUGUUCGUUUAAACAAAUGAAAAAGGGACAAGAAAUGCUAUCAGGAACUUAUAACUUAUAAUAGAAAGAAUAUUAGUAAUUAUUUAUGGAUAUAAAAAAGAAAUGUGAACUUUCUUUUAUAAUGUGUAUUUAAUUUAUAAAUACAUGUUUGUAACAAUUAAAA